AUGAUACAAACAGCACACGCGGUCGCCAUCCAGGAAGCCCCACUACUUAAAGGGAAACCUCUAUCGGUCCCCGCCUUCACAGCAAUAUACCCCACCCCCACCUCCACAGACGACAAAAUUUCUGUCUGCACCUAUAUAAACAACAAUUUUCUACAGAAAAACUCAUUCGCAAGCCCCCCCUCCCAUAGAGGAGACAUCAUAUCCGCCAACCUGUUCUGCCGCACCGGGCCCAACACAUACACCACAAUAACACUCACAAACUGCUAUAACAGACAGCGCAGAGAUGGGUCUCGGUCUAUCCACCCCCUCACUAUCCUACCCGCCACAGACAACCCGGCAAUCACUGUCGGAGACCUAAACAUUCACAACCCCGCAACCGACCCCUCCAGAAACUUCUCAGCCAGGGAACUCAGACUCUCCCAACCAUACAUGGACACCGCCAGCCGAGCAGGCUACUCCAUCCUCAACACCCCCGGAACAUAUACAAGAAUCUCCCUCAACCAAGCACAUAGAAACGGAGUCAUCGACAUAGCUUUCUCCAACCACAGAGCUACGCCGCUUGUCAGGAAAUGGCUCCCCCUCUCCAACUCCUCGGGCUCUGACCAUAGGAUCAUAGCUAUCUCACUUGCCCUUCCAAACGCAGACUUCGCCCCCUUUACUACCCCAAACUGGGCGCUCACCAACUGGAACCUCCUCUCACCCGCUCUCCAAAACACCCAAAUCUCCGCCUGCGACACCCCCUCCAUGCUGGAUGACUGGUUCGAUAAAUCACUUACCCUCAUCACAGACAUGAUCAAGCAACACACGCCCCCAAAAACCAUCUCAAAAUGGUCAAAGAAAUGGUGGACCCCGGACCUUUCCCAGCUCCGAACCAUCUUUCACUCAAUACACAGAGCAUUCAGAAAAGGCAGAGCCCCCCCCUCAGAGAUGAAGGCAGCGCGCAACGCCUAUUUCAAUGCCAUAAAGAAAGCAAAACAAGACCACUGGAACGCCUUCAUCGCCAACGCCGACACAAAGGACGUGUGGAGACUAAAGAAAAUGGCCAACAGGACGGAAGACAAGAUUCCCACCCUUCCAAACUCACCCACCCCAACCCUCCUCAACAACAACCUUAUCAACGCCUUUUUCCCCCCUCGACCAGAAGGCCCCUCCCCCUCCCCCAUCUUCUUCCCAAACACCCCCCUCAUUACGCCCAACGAAGUUCAAGCCGCUCUGGGCCCCACCUCCAACCUCUCAGCACCUGGUCCAGACACCAUCCCAUACUCAGUAUGGAAAGGUAUCCACAGGGCCAACCCCCGCAUAAUACCUGCCCUCCUCAACCCGCUCAUCCAACAUGGAUAUCACCCACUCUCCCUGAAAACCGCCAAUGGAGUAAUCCUUGCUAAACCAAAUAAACCGGACUACUCCUCCCCUGCCGCAUACCGCAUAAUCGUCCUCCUCCAGACCUUCUCCAAGAUCCUGGAAAAAAUAAUAACACUCCGCCUGGCCGUGAUAGCGAAAGCCGUAGGACUUCUCCACAACCACCAAUGCGGGUCAAGCCAUGCAGCUGGCCAAACUUAA